ACCGCUGCUCCUGCUCCUACUACAACCACUGCUCCUGCUCCUACUACAACCACUGCUCCUACUACAACCACUGCUCCUGCUCCUACUACAACCACUGCCCCUGCUCCUACUACAACCACUGCUCCUGCUCCUACUACAAUCGCUGCUCCUGCUCCUACUACAACCGCUGCUCCUGCUCCUACUACAACCGCUGCUCCUGCUCCUACUACAACCACUGCUCCUGCUCCUACUACAACCACUGCUCCUGCUCCUACUCCAACCACUGCUCCUGCUCCUACUACAACCAAUGCUCCUGAUCCAACUACAACCACUGCUCCUGCUCCUACAACCACUGCUCCUGCUCCUACUACAACCACUGCUCCUGCUCCUACUACAACCGCUGCUCCUGCUCCUACUACAAUCGCUGCUCCUGCUCCUACUACAACCGCUGCUCCUGCUCCUACUACAACCACUGCUCCUGCUCCUACUACAACCACUGCUCCUACUACAACCACUGCUCCUGCUCCUACUACAACCACUGCCCCUGCUCCUACUACAACCACUGCUCCUGCUCCUACUUCAACCACUGCUCCUGCUCCUACUACAACCACUGCUCCUGCUCCUACUACAACCACUGCUCCUGCUCCUACUACAACCACUGCUCCUACUACAACCACUGCUCUUGCUCCUACUACAACCGCUGCUCCUGCUCCUACUACAACUGCUUCUCCUACUACAACCACUGUUCCUGCUCCUACUACAUCCACUGCUCCUGCUCCUACUACAACCGCUGCUCCUGCUCCUACUACAACUGCUGCUCCUGCUACUACUACAACCGCUGCUCCUGCUCCUACUCGCUGCUCCUGCUCCGACAACCGCUGCUCCUGCUCCUACAACCGCUGCUCCUGCUCCUACAACCGAUGCUCCUGCUCCUACAACCUCUGA